GGCCGGACUUUGCGCCGCGUCGGGCGCUGCUGCUGCGCGCGGGGCCGCGCUUGUGGCCAGCGGCGGCAAGGUAGCGGGCGGGGAAGAGGGCGGCGAGGGCCGGCCGGGACCCCGGCCCAACAUGGCUGAAGUCACCAUCGACCAGUCCAAGCUGCCGGGAGUCAAGGAAGUGUGCCGAGACUUUGCUGUCUUAGAGGACCACACCCUGGCCCACAGCCUGCAGGAACAAGAAAUCGAGCAUCAUUUGGCAUCGAACAUUCAGCGGAACCGCUUGGUCCAACAUGAUCUCCAGGUGGCUAAGCAGCUUCAGGAGGAAGAUCUGAAAGCUCAGGCUCAGCUCCAGAAGCGCUACAAAGACCUUGAACAGCAAGACUGUGAAAUUGCUCAGGAAAUCCAGGAGAAGCUGGCUAUCGAGGCAGAGAGACGACGCAUUCAGGAGAAGAAGGAUGAGGACAUAGCUCGCCUUUUGCAAGAAAAGGAGUUACAGGAAGAGAAAAAGCGGAAGAAACACUUUCCAGAAUCCUCUGGAUCCAGUGUUUAUGGAGAUAGUUACUAUUACGAAAAUGGAGACCAGCCACAGUCCAGGAGGGCAAGGGAAUUGGGUUCUGGAGUCUCAAAGUCAUGUAGACUCCAAAGUGAUGGAAACACUGUGAAGCAAAGGAACAAGAAACCCAAACAUCCAAUGGAGAAGUUGGAAGAACUAGAAGAUCAUUGUUCAUCAGGGAAAUGUCUGUCAUCCUCUAGCUUGGGCAAAGUGAGGGCCAGUUCCCAAAUUGACACAGAGCAGCGUGAAAGGAAACGGUCUGAUCAUGAGAGACUUCGGAGACCUCCACUUCCCAAGAUCAGUGGUGAGGUGUUUCUGAGUACUGGAUUUGAUGAUGGGGAGGCUAACAGUAUCCAUCGAACUUGGAAUUGGGAAAAGCAGUCCAGACACCAAGACCAACUUUCACCCAAGUCUUCACAGAAAGCAGGGCUUCAUUGCAAGGAAGCUGUUUAUGGGAGGGACCAUGGGAAAGGUGAGCACAGACAAAGGAAACACAGGCCCAGGACUCCUCCCUUCUCAGAGAGUGAGGAACAGCUCCAGCUCCAUGACACAGGAAUGAAGCCAAGAGGGAUGAAAGAAGCUCUCUCUACUCCCUCACGAGUGGCGCACAGAGAUCAGGAAUGGUAUGAUGCUGAAAUUGCCAGAAAACUGCAAGAAGAAGAAAUUUUGGCUACCCAGGUGGACAUGAGAGCAGCUCAAGUAGCCCAGGAUGAGGAAAUCGCUAGACUUCUCAUGGCUGAAGAAAAGAAAGCUUAUAAGAAGGCCAAGGAGCGGGAGAAAUCAUCUUUGGACAAAAGGAAGUACGACCCUGAUUGGAAGCCAAAAACAACUAAAUCAGCACACUCAAAGUCGAAAGAGAGUGAUGACCCUCACCGUUCUAAGAAUGACAGGCCAGCACGGCCACCACCACCUAUCAUGACGGAUGCUGAAGAUUUGGAUUACACUCAUUUUACAAACCAGCAUAAUUCCACACGUCAUUUCUCAAAAUCAGAAUCCACUCAUAAAGGUUUCCAUCAUAAGCAGUAAAACCCUAGGAAUUUGCCUUGAGAACGGACUCAUUGUAGCAAACAUUACUGGAUGAUACAGAAUGCAUUCCACACUCAUUUUUUUCCUCCUGGGUUUGUAUUCCUGGGAUUUAUCUUCAAGUGUUCUGACCAUAAAUAAUUUUAAUUUGUUUAAAAUGUUUGUUUAUUCCUGAUCACUUGGGCAGUAGAGGAAAAUCUAGCUUCUGAAUAUUGGCCACCUCUCUGCUACAUAUGCUUCCUGGGAUAUAAUGUCUAAAAGCUCUGUGAAAUAUCCUUUUUGUUAGGAAUGGAGUACUGGUAUCUAGAGACUAGGCUUUAUUUAGCAGUUAGAAUUUUGUGGAGAUUAUGAUCAGAAUAAAACAUAAUGUCUGGAAGCAAUACAGAAUAAAAGAAUAUAAGAAAUA